UCACACUGAUCAAGCUAUAAAUGUCUGCUCGUCGUCUCGGCCCUGAUUUCAAGCAGGAACACUGACUUUGGUCUGCAGGCCUGUGAGGAGAAUCUAUUGGGCAUCAUGGAUGAUGACUUUGACCGACGUAUGGAGCUGAGGAGGCAGAGGAGAGAGCAGAUGCGCCUCGAGGCUGACAAACCGGGUUACACCAACGAUGAUGAUGAGGAGGAAGCGCGGGAGCGAAGGCGACGUGCACGGGAGGAGCGAAAGAAGAUGAAGGACUUGGAGGAGCCUGGUACCACUGAUGUAAUCAACACCAACAGUGUCACAGAGACAGAGUCUUCCACAGCCACCAUCACCACCAGUGCUGAAGGUGCAGAUGAUGAUGACCAGGCUUUGUUGGAUCGCCUGGCCAAGAGAGAGGAGCGGAGGCAGAAGAGAAUGCAGGAGGCUCUGGAGAGACAGAAGGAGCUUGACCCCACCAUCGAUAGCACGGACAGCGCACUGGAGGAGCAGUCCUCCAUCAGCUGCAACAAGGAGCAGCAUUCGGAAGAAGACAAGGAGAAGAAGGAGGAGACAUCUGUCCAGGAGGAGGUGGCAGAUGCUGACAUGAAGACCUGGAACGAGGAGGAGGAUAAGCAGGAGGAUAAGCAGGAAUCUGUUGAAGAUUCAACACCACCAACCACAACAAAUGAGGAGGAGACUGAAGCUGCAGUGGCAGAAGAAGAUGGUGAUCAAGGUCAACCAGAUGCUCGUGUGGAAGCUGUUCCCGAUUUUGAUGAGGACAAAGAAGAGAGGAAGAGGAAAGAAGAAGAUGAAGAGAGACAGCUAAAAGAAUUGGAAGAAAAGCAGAGGAUAGAAGAGGUGGAGCGGCAAAAAGUAGAAAUGGAGGAAAAGCUGAAGAGAGAGGAAGAAGAAAGGCAGCUGAAGGAGGAGGAAAGAAAGAAGAAGGAACAAGAGGAACAAAAACUACUGGAAGAGAGACUGAUGAAGGAGGAAGAGGAGAAAGAUAAAAAAGAGGAGGAGGAAAAAAAGAGGGAGGAGGAGGACAAGCGGAAAAAAGAGGCUGAAGACAAAAAGAAAAAAGAGGAAGAGGAAAAGCGCAAAAAGAGAGAUAUGGAAGAAAAGAAGAAGAAAGAUGAGGAGGAAAAGCAAAAAAGAUUUGGAUUCAAAGAAAAGAAUGAACCGGCCAAACAAAAUGGAGCCUUGCUUGAGAACAAACUUAGGAAAACAGAGAAGACAACAAGCGCUGCGUCCACUAAGGCAGAUGACGCGGAGCGACAGGAGGCCGAGCGUAAACUGCAGGAGCUGAAGCGUCGGCGAAACAACGCAGACAGUGAAGAGAUUGAGAAGAUGAAGCAGAAGCAGCAUGAUGCUGAGGCUGAGCUGGAGGGGCUGAAGAGGAAGAGAGAGGAGAGGAGGAAGAUCCUCGAGGAGGAGGAGAGACAGAAGAAGCAGGAGCUGGAGGACAAGAAAGUCAAAGAACAGGAGGAGAGGAAGAGGAUGAAGGAGGAGAUAGAGAAGAGGAGGGCGGAGGCUGCAGAGAAAAAGAAACUGCAAGAGGAAGACACCACGAAACAACCUGCCUUCACCAUAUCUCCCAAAGGCUCCUCCAAGAUCGGGCAGAAGGCAGAAUUCUUGAGCAAAUCAGCCCAGAAAAGCACUGCAGCCAGAGUGUCUCACACUCCGAUCGUCUCCAAGAUAGGCAACAGACUGGAACAGUACACUUCUGCCAUCCAGGGAAACAAAGACCCCAAAUCUCCCAAGUCUCCAAUGGCAGACAUUCCUACAGGAGGCACACGCAGCAUCAAGAGCAUGUGGGAGAAGGGCAACAUUGGCAGCACCUCUGAAAGUCCAGCUCCUGCCAAUAAGGAUGUGGCUGGUAUUAAAGGAAGUGUUUCCGGACGUGCUAACAGCUGAAUGACAAAGCCUGCAGAGCCAGAGAAGACAACACCUGCACCAGCAGCAGCACCUACACCUGCAUCUACACCAGCAUCACCAGCAGCACCAGCAGCAGCAGCAGCACCAGCUUCAGCAAAGCCAGCAGAUAUGAAACCAGGUGAUGUUGGAAACAAGCGUGGCAUGUGGGAGACGAAGAAGACCAGUACACCUGCCAAGGUGCCAGUUGGAGUGAAGAGCAAGUUUUUCACAAAUGCAGGUGUAAGACCCUAACCACUGACAGCCUCAUUGAAAUGAAACAGUCCCCGAAACCAACCCAAGCCUGUGCUACUGUUCGUGCAUCCGUUUCCCCUCAGCACGCCUGCAGCUCACACCACAAUGAGGAAGAGACGAGUGAGGGUUUUUUUUCUCCCUGGCUUUAUGUACUUUUCCGCAUUUUCA